CUCGCGUUGCAUUUGUGCUCGCAGUGCUUGUAAUCAACCGGACGGUGUAUAAGUGCAUUUUGUAGCGCAGUUAUGAGACAGUAACAAUUUCGUUUGCGAAUUCAACAAUAUCACCCCAAAUUGUCAAAACUAUAUUUUAAAGAUGCUUCGUAAUCUAACAAAUCGGAUUAAAUCACUGUCUCUGCAGACUAAACCUGUCAAAGAAAAUUUUCUGGGCAUUAUUAAAGGUACAGAUCUCAUAAACAACUCUCAAAAAAAUAUUCACACCACAUCUUUAAGUCAUGGAAAGCAGGGAGAUCCACAAUCGUUUCUUAAACAUAAUGAAAAAUUUUUUCCUAUUCAAAGUCCUGAAGAACCAAGACGACCAGCCUAUGUUUGUCAUCAAAAAACUAAUAUCAGAUAUACACCAAAGAAAAUGUUAUAUGUAGCUUGGUUAAUUAGAGGAUUAUCAAUUGAUGAAGCUAUAAAACAAUUAUCUUUUGUAAGUAAAAAAGGAGCAGCCAUUGUCAAAGAAACACUUUUAGAAGCUCAAAAAAUGGCAGUUGAGCAGCAUAAUGUAGAAUUCAAAAGUAAUUUAUGGGUUGCUGAAUCCUUCUGUAGUAAGGCUUUUUGCGUAAAGGGUGUAAGGAGACACGCUAAAGGAAGAACAGGUGAAAUAAGAUAUACUUUUUGUCACUAUUUUGUACGACUUGAAGAAGGAAAGCCACCCACAGAUUAUUAUAAAUUGAAUCCUAAAACUCCUGAUCAGCAAUUGGAAGAUUGGAAAGAAGGUUUGCGAAAGCGAAAGGUCUAUGGUUCAUUGUAGUUUGCAAAUAAUAAUUAUUUUUUAGAUAUACAGAUAGAAUGUAAUAUUUGUUUAUUUGUUAUAAUAAAGCUCAAAAGUUGUACUAACUUUUGGUUCCGAAUA